CGCCGCAGAUAAACUACAGUUCCCAGGAAGCACUGUGUUCCCAUGGACGGAAGUGAGGUAAGGCGCGAGCCGCAACCAUUGAGGGAAAAAGGAAGUGCUUGGGCGUCGCAGGGCCGGAGGCGCGGGGAUAGAAGGAGCACCAUGUCCGCGGAAGUCCCCGAGGCAGCGUCGGCGGAGGAGCAAAAGGAAAUGGAAGAUAAAGUGACUAGUCCAGAGAAAGCUGAAGAAGCAAAGUUAAAAGCAAGGUAUCCACACUUGGGACAAAAGCCUGGUGGUUCCGACUUUUUAAGGAAACGAUUGCAGAAAGGGCAAAAGUAUUUUGAUUCUGGGGAUUACAACAUGGCAAAAGCAAAGAUGAAGAACAAGCAGCUUCCUGCUGCAGCCCCGGAUAAGACAGAGGUCACUGGUGACCACAUUCCCACUCCACAGGACCUUCCUCAGCGGAAACCAUCCCUGGUUGCUAGCAAGCUGGCUGGCUGAUUAAAAGAGCUGAACUGCAUGAGUCUUCUAAUGUCCUUUAUUUCUCCUUACUACGUUACUUACCCACUUUCUGUUUCCUUUCACUCACUAUGUCAUUUGAGACUGACAGCUUUGCAGGUAGUGGUAGUAUGUGCUGCUGUUGUAAGGGAGCAUACAUGUGUAGAGGUUUCAGUUAGUUUAACAGUGCACUGAUGCAAAGAACAUGUAACAGCAACUUAAGUAAUUGAUGUUACGAUAAUUGUACAUAUUACCUAGCUGGUGUAGGGCUGGCUCCAACAAGUAGCAAGCAAGUUUUAUAGCUUUAAUAUUCUGGCUUUCCUUACUUUCCUCGUAAUUACAGCUUUGUAUGUUACUCUUAUUUAAUAGAACCUCUGUUGUAUUGAUUUCUUCUGUAUUUUCUUUUUGAAUUUUGUAAGACAGAAGUUUAAGACCACAAGUUGGAAGACAAGUCACAUAAUUCAGACACAAGUAAAUGGGCUGCAAAAGAUUUUGAAUAACUGCUUGGACUUGACGGCCUUAAACCUGCUGUUCCAGCUUUAACAAGAGCAUCUUACCUGGGCGAUAUUUGCCCGUUCUGGUGUGAUUUGUGUGACUCCAAUGCUUAUUAUCAGCUGUCGGUGAAGCUAGUGCUCUUCCUGGGUUCUGCAGUGUUGGGACAGCUUUCUUUGUUGAAGACGUGAAUGGGUGUGCAUGUGCACUGACUAUUGCAUUCACUUUUGUGCCAUUUUUGUAAAUACAAUAGUUUUGCACAACCUUUUACAAAUGUCUGUAUUAAUUUCACCAUAUUAGAAAGUAGAUAAUGUGCCAACCAGAAGCACAAGACUUCCUACACAAAUCUGCCCACCAUUACUGCUUUUGUAUAAGAAUAGUUUACAAUCUUGAGCUUAUUAGAAUACCAAACUGAAAUCUACUCAGCCUGAUACAGAUUUAAGCAUUUUCAUUUGUUACUAAUAUUCAUGACUUUCAGUGGCCUUGUACAAAUAUGAUAUGUUGCUUAGGCAUAUCUUUUGUUCUAUGCAGAACAUUUCAUUUUGACUCGUACAAAAAAUUACAAUUCAUAUAAUUUAUAUAAACUUUGUUAGUGUAGAAACUUUUACUUUCACACUCAACUUUGGGGAUACUAAAGUUAAAGGCUUGCAUUCUCUACCUUAUGUUUUCUUCUCAACCCCCAUCUUCUCUUCACUUUGCUUCUGUGACUCGUGUUGGACUCUUCUAUUUAUAUGAGAACAUACACAUCUAUCUUUUUAAACUUGCUUAAAUAAAAGGAUUUUUGUUACGCUGAGGAUCAAACCACUGUCUUCGCACGUGCUUAGCAAGCACUGUAUCAUGGAACUACACUCUUAUCCCUAAGGGAACUUUAUAAUGAACAAGUAGUUGAAAAGAUUGGUCUAGGAAACUAUGUCAGGAUAAGCUGAAUUCUGGUAAAUACUUUUAAAUAAUUAGGAUGAACUACGAGAAUUGGGCUUAUAAUAAUUACAGGGAUUUAUGUCAUAGGUAAAACAUUAAAAUAUUUAGGUAUCUCCUAUACUUGUCAUUUUAAUAAAAUAUCAGUCUACUUUUACUUGUGUUUUAUGUGUUAGUGAAAACAUUAUCACACUUUAUUGGGUUACAUUUACUAUUCUCUUAGAGCUCUUCCCCCAGGAUGUCAGGCAUAUUGAGCUACAGCAGCCUGAGCUGAUAUCGUUUUUCUCUUCACCUUGGUCUGGGACGAGACCUACCCCACUAUGGAAUCCAGGCAUCAUUUUGUAUGGUGGCUACAUUUAUGCACCUGCUUUCCUAUGGUUCCCCACUGGUGAUUAGUCCUGCUCCAUUCAACCUGAAAGGCAGAAAAGCAAUGCACUCUACACUCCACAUUGGUAAUUUUACAGCUCAGAUCUUUGUAAAUGGAUUUAUAACGAGCUAAUGGAUUAUUCUCUAACAUGUGCAGUCACCAUAGGAUAGGUAUCUACUAUCCUCCACCUCCCCCAUUAAGUUCAAACAUUAGGUGAAUAUGAAAUUAGAGUGACCAUGCUCUUCCUGACCACCAGACUCAGUUUAUGACAAAGUGAGCAACACCUGCUUGAGUUUUGAUUUGUAAAAUAGGACACUGAUAUUUAACCUACCUCAAGACUUGAGGAUCUGUGAAAUACUAAGUGCCCCAAAUAAACUAUCACUAUCAAAAGUCAGUUUCCUCACUAAACCAACCUGCCUUCUAUAAAGUAGCAGUGCUUAACUAAUAUCUCAGGAUUUUCCACAAGGAAAGGCCUGUUAAGGAGUUAUACGGACAGCUGCAUAGCUUCCCUAUUAAAGGAUUUAUACGGAUAGCUGCAUAGCUUCCAUUUUUGGUGCUUGAGAGAAGUUUUACAUUUUCCUGUGUUUUGUUGUGCUUCAAAGCUCAGUUUAUUAUAGACAUUUUUGCGGGCUCUUUGGUCAUUUAGUGAAGAAUUUUGAUUAAGCUUAAUUGUCUGUUUCUAUGUCAAAGUUGUGUCCAAGGAAUGGCUAGUUUUAAUGUUACAGUAAACUGAAGUUCAUAAAAAUACUAAAGGCAAACUGGCUAAAGUCUAAAUCUGUUUUGUUCAGUAGCUCUUAGGAGAAAUAUUUUGAAGGCUACAUCUGACUAACAGUUGCAGCUCAUGUCUAGUUGGAAUAGCAUUUGGAUCGACUGGAGGGGGCAUGAUUGUCGUCUACAAGUUGUUAGACAAUCUUGUAUUGCUGAUCUGGAAACAUGUCCAAACUAUUCAAGGCAGUCAACAAGGCCUCCACUUGUUAUUACUUCCACAGUUAGAAUUAGUUGCUCUUUUUACAAGAUGUAACCAAAGUAUACCUCUGGGUAUUGGUAGUCAGACUUGUAUUCUUAAUCUGAAUAUCACAAGGUCUUGUCAAAACUGAACUAUCAACCCAAACUCCACUCUAGAUAUAGUAUUGGAUGGUCAGAAGCAGAUAGCUUGUGGGAAGAGCAGUUCUGAAUGGUUGCCAAGGCCUUGGCUGUGAUGGCUUCAAUCACAUCCCCCUCCAUUCAAAUUUACCACUUCAUUGUAACCCAUUUCCAUCACCAUGUUUGUCAUUGAAGCCCACAGUAAACAUUUUCUAAAGCACCAUCUUGAUCUACUUGGCAUGUACUGCAGUCUUACCUGGGUCUCUUUCUCCAACUUCUCACUACAACUUUUAGCAAUUGUGAUCAAAGGAACUUGUAGUGGUUCAUCUAGAGAUGAUAAUUGGAUACUCUUAACUUUUGAAGUAGGUAGACCUAUGGGUUUCAAUUCUAUAAAUUACUUGUGGUGGUGACACCCAUUCAUGUAUGUUUGUAUGGUAUUUAUCAACUAAAUAACAGUAGAAAUAAUCUAACUCUAGUACCAUGCCCUCAAAUCUGUCACUGCAUCUCCACCAUUUGAUAUGCAAUAGAACACUGCCUGUGUGCAAAGGGCCAACAUAAAUGCCUUUUCUUGUUAAAGAUGUCUGUAGAGUUGGCAUUUAAUGCUGAAGUUUGUCAAAUAUCUUCCAAACUUACACUUGUAAAAUACACCCAAAAUAAAUGGAUCUACCUAAUUUUUAUUGAUUUUAA